UUUGACGGGAUUUUGAUCACUUCACUUUAAAAGAUAAAGACGGUUACAUCCCUUCCAUCGUAUUUUUCGGUAUGUCGUUUACUCUCAUUCACCCUUGUCAACCACUAUCUUCAUCGUGUUCUUACUUUCAACCCAACCUCUUUACUGCAAUUAACUGCUCUGGUUCUAAUGUUCCUAACUUUCUCCCUAAAUCCUGCGAAAAUGGUUACCACAUUGAAAGGGGUUUGGAGUUUAGUACAGGAAACGCGUUUUUCCGGCAAGAGAGCGCCACCGGCAGAGAUCUCGCCGUGCUUGCCGCUUCCUUGCACAAAAAGGGUAACGGAAGCUUGCGUGUUCUUGAUGCGUUGUGUGGGUGUGGAAUUCGGUCGCUCCGGUAUCUGGCGGAGGCCGAGGCAGAUUUUGUGGCGGCGAACGAUGGGAAUGAGAACUAUGGAAGCACAGUUGUGGAGAAUUUGUCUAGGGUUUCGAGGGAAGAAGAGGGGAAAUGGGUGGUUACUCAUUUAGAAGCUAAUCGUGUGAUGAUGGAUUAUUAUUUGAAGAAGAGUUUUUUUGAUUUUAUUGAUGUUGAUUCAUUUGGGAGUGAUUCUUCUUUCUUAAGGUCUGCCAUUAGUACAUUGAAAUUAGGUGGAUUGCUUUAUGUUACUUCAACUGAUGGAUACUCAUCUGGUGGCCACCGUCCUCAUCAUUCUUUAGCUGCAUAUGGAGCCUAUGUGCGCCCCAUGCCAUAUUCAAAUGAGGUUGGUUUGCGAAUGCUUAUAGGUGGGGCUGCUAGGGAGGCUUCAGUGUUGGGGUUUCAUAUCACCCCUUUGUUUUCUUACUAUGCUUUUCAUGGACCUGUUUUUCGAGUCUUGCUCAGAUUGAAUCGUGGGAAGAUUCAUGACAGUAGGCAUUAUGGUUACAUUGGAUACUGCCACCAAUGUGGGAAUUCCCAUGAAUUUUCUUGGGAUCAACUUGGCCAGAUGAGUUGCUCCUGCAGUGUGCCAAAGGUUUCAAACUCCCUUGUGGUGUCAGGACCACUUUGGACAGGACCUCUGCAUGAUGCUCCCUAUCUUAUGGACAUGUUAAAUCUGGCCAAGCAGUGGGGCUGGAUAGGCUGUGAUGGUAAAGAUAGUCUUGAAAAGCUUAUAAAAUUGAUGGUGGAUGAAAGUGACCCCAAGUUGCCAUCUGGGUACAUCAAGUUGGAUGAGAUGGCAAGCCGUGCAAAAAUUAAUUCUCCACCUCUAAAGACCUUGAUGAGCGCCAUGCACCAGAAGGGUUAUGCUGCUAGCAGGUCUCACAUAUCCACAAAUGCAAUCAAGACAAAUUGCCCCAUGACAGAAUGCAUUAAGAUUGCCAAAGAACUUCUGCAAGUUUCCAUCGCUUAAUGAUUUGAGUGCUGAAGCCUGAAGGUUACUCUGGCUGCAAAACCACUUGCACGUAAUGCCAUCAGAGCAAACUAUGCGUGGUUAAUGCUCACAAGGGUGGAAGGUCAUAUCAACUUUCUUGGUCAUAUCAAAUUUUGUGCCCUAACAUCUGCUACCCAAUAUGGAAUUAUGGAUGUGCCUUGGUAUUUAUUCGAUAAUUCAGUUUACAUCACUCUAAGUCUAACCGCUACUAGUGCUCAAGUUUUUAGACUCGAGAAUUCCCAAAUACAAGUAGUUAGUGCCAGUAUAUGAUAGUAAUUUAGCUAAAAAAAAGUCGAAGAAAUGAAUGGACAAAUUCCUGGCACAUACGGUGCAAAGUGA